CGCAGCGGUGCUGCGCAGCGCCGCCUCCCGAGGCCGGAGCGGGGCCGUCCCGGUGGGUGCUGUUGUCCUGCGGUGUUUUGCUGCCGCUGCCGGACCCCCCGAGGCCGCCCCAGGCCCCGGUACCGGCAGCAGGCUGGCGGCCCCGAGCGGGUAUGGCCGGGGCGGUGUGGUGGGAGCUCAGCUCCGAUCCCACGGGAUCCCCGUAGCGCCGGGCUGGGAGCGGGGGGGGCUCUGCUCACAACGCGGUGGUUUCCCGUGUUGCCCCUCGGGAAGCAGCCGUGGCACCGGUAACUAACGAGUGCUGUGCCCUGUGGUGCCUGGGCUGGGCAGCAGCUGCUGCCCCUCAUCACCCGCUGCCACCCAGCAGCUUCUGAGGCCGCUCACUGGACUCAAGGAGAAGUUUUCUUUCUGCUCUUUGUGUGAAACCUGUGAGCUUUCUCAUUUCUGCAUUGUGAUCCUGAGCCACUGAUGGGCCUUACUGAAACCAGAGGCUAAUUGCACAGUGAUCACGCCAUCCCCCGGGCUCUGCAUGAGCAAAGCUGGGAGCUACCAGCUUGGGGUGGGAUCCUGAGCUGCUUGUGGGGGCCAGAGCCCUCCCAGAUAUUCCUUACGCAAGCUGCACUGUGCCUGCAUGUGCAGAGGAGGGGAGGCCCUGGGGCUGGUGCAGCUGGCAGAGGGAUGCAGGCCCUGUGAGGUCUUAUGGUGCUUUGAGAGCCCCGUUCACAAACAGCAGCUGGGCUGGGGCUGCAGGGGAUGGUGUGGGGCUGACCAGGUGAGGGACAGCACAGCCCGGGGAGUGUGGGCAGCUCACAGAAGGGCACUUGUUGUCAGUGCAUCGCUUCCCUUAGGGAGCUCAGACACGUGUCAGCAGCUGGUGAAACAUCUGCAGCUGCUGGCUUUAAAGCAGCCCUCCCGCGCUUUCCAGGCACCUCAUCUUCAGUGCAGUGUUUGGUGCAAAGGCUGUCACUAUCAAAAGAGGUGACAUGAGAAUUAGCUGUUGAAGUCGUCAUGUGAGCUGAGAAGGCACAUUAAUAGGAAGUUGGGGGCGCAGGAGGAAAGGAGAAGCGGUGUCACAAGAUGGAAAGGCUUCUUGCUGCAAGACAUGUCAUUAGCAUGCAAACGUGUGCUAAUGAGAAGCUUGUGAUUUGAAUCUAAAAGGCAGGAGUGGAAGGGGGAGAGGCUGCGGGCUGUGAGGGGGCUGCUACAGCCUUCCCAGGGAUAGGUCCCAUGUUGCUUUUGGCUUUUUCUCUGGGAAAGGAACACGAUUGUGUCUCCAGAGCUUUUGGAGCCCCAGCAGGUCCCCAGUGCAGUGCUGCUGGUGUGCAUCGUGGCACUGAACGCUCAGUAAUUCUUCUGGCACCUGGGAAAAGGCAUCUUUAGAUAUACUCAGAGCAGCCUCUGCCCACUGCCUUUUCUGCCCUGUGGUGGAACAGCCCCAUCUGAGCAGAAAAUAUUCUGCCAUUUUCAAUGUUUCUGUGCCACAGUGCCUCUGUUAUUACCCUGAAGCUAAAACCCUUCUCACCGCUUCCUCCCCAGAUCUCUGUGCUGGCUUCAGGACAGGCGUCAGCUCUCACCUGGAAAGCUGGGGCUGAAUAAUCGAUGGCUUUAGGCCAAGGAGAGCCGGGGAUGUCCCCGUCACCGUGGGGAGCGGGGCUGAGCAUCUCACAGGGUGAUGUUGUGGCUCUGCAGAUGUGGCCCUGACUGACGUAGGUCCCAAGUUACUUGGGCCAAGGAUGAGCAAGCCGACAGACCUGCAGCACGACCUGGAACGGAGCCUCCCAGCCAUUGCAUCCAUCAGCACCUCACUUUCCCAGAGCCAGGGCUUCUCCCCAUACUGCUACUUCUCUCCAGAGAAGAGGAAAGCCAUCUCGGACGUGAGGAGGACCUUCUGCCUCUUUGUCACCUUCGAUCUGCUCUUCAUCUCUUUGUUGUGGAUAAUCGAAUUGAAUACCAAGGAUGGCAUUCAGAAGAACUUGAAGAACGAAAUCUUCGAGUACAAUUUUAAGACCUCUUUCUUUGACAUAUUUGUCUUGGCUUUCUUCCGAUUUUUUGUGUUGCUGCUGGCCUAUGCGAUUGUGAGGCUGCGCCACUGGUGGGUCAUAGCGGUCACUACGUUGAUAUCCAGUGCCUUCCUGAUUGUGAAGGUCAUCCUCUCCGAGCUUCUCACCAAAGGGGCAUUUGGCUACUUGCUUCCCAUCGUCUCGUUUGUCAUUGCUUGGUUAGAGACUUGGUUCCUGGAUUUUAAAGUCCUCACCCAGGAAGCAGAAGAGGAGCGAUGGUACCUGGCAGCCCAGGCUGCGGCUGCCCGUGGGCCCCUGCUGUACCCUGGAGCUUUUUCCGAUGGGCAGUUCUACUCCCCGCCGGAGUCCUUUGCAGGGUCGGACAACGAGUCGGACGAGGAAGGUCCGGGAAGGAAGGCAUUGACAGCUCAGGAGAAAGAAUAUGUCCGACAAGGCAAAGAAGCUAUGGAAGUUGUGGACCAAAUCCUCGCCCAGGAGGAGAACUGGAAGUUUGAGAAAAACAAUGACUUCGGUGACGUUGUUUACACUUUUGAAAUACCUUUUCAUGGCAAGACCUUUAUUUUAAAGGCUUUCCUGCAGUGCUCUGCUGAAACGGUUUACCAGGAGGUUAUUCUCCAGCCCGAGAAGAUGAUCCUGUGGAACAGAACAGUGGCAGCUUGCCAGGUCUUGCAGAGGGUUGAAGACAACACGAUCGUUUCGUACGACGUGGCAGCCGGGGCCGCAGGCGGCGUCGUUUCCCCCAGGGAUUUUGUGAACGUGCGGCGGAUCGAGAGAAGAAGAGACAGGUACAUUUCCUCAGGGAUGUCGACCACGCACAGCCUGAAGCCUCCACUCUCCAAGUAUGUCAGAGGUGAGAACGGACCUGGAGGAUUCAUCGUACUGAAGUGCCCCAGCAACCCCCGGGUCUGCACUUUCAUCUGGAUUCUAAACACGGACCUGAAGGGUCGCCUGCCCCGGUACCUCAUCCACCAGAGCCUGGCAGCCACCAUGUUUGAGUUUGCCUUCCACCUGCGGCAGCGGGUCGCUGAGCUCUGCGGCAAGCCCUGAGCGCCGCGCUCUGCCCCUGCUGGACUGGCUGCGGGGGGGCGGGGGGGGCUGCCCCUCUCCUUCCCCCCCAAACUCGAGCCCUGGAGCUGCCGUGUGGUGUGUGUCAAACCCUGUCCUGCUCUGCCCUGUGCCUGGGCUCUGCCGUGUGCUCGGUCUCCCCUCACGUUGGGUCUGGGGGCUGAUUGGCACUCCCAGACUGCUGCGCUGAGGGUGAGGGAUUCAGAGGAGGAAUCCACUGAGGGUGAGCACGCAGUUCUGUCCCCUGUCGUGUGCCACUCACACGUGGGGACAAAGCACAGCUCCUGUGUGGCUCACGGACACCUUCCCCUGGGUGGGGGGCUGCCGUGGGGCCCCUUGGGGCACUCCCCUGCGGCUGCCCCCCCCUGUGGGAUUCUUCUGAGCUCGUUUAGCCCUCCUGCAUGCAGCCCUGCAGGGUGUGGGAUCAGAGCCUUCCACCUUCCCCAGGGGCUGUGGGGGCGAGCACAGCUCCGUGCUACCUGCACUGCUGCCACGUUCUGCUCUGUCAUGGGAGGCAGCGUGGAGCUGCCCAUGCGUGGGUGCACACAGCAGCAGCACGGGGGGGGGGGGGGGAGUGCCCAUGGACCCCCCCAGGGGCUAGGCCUGGGGUCUCUGCCCCUCUACCAGUGCCCAUCCUGGGGUCCUGGCGGUACUGGGGGGCACCUCUGGCUGGCAUCCGUCAGAAUAAAGAGCCUUGCACUAUUUGCA